AUGAAAGUAAAAGAGGUCAAGGACGCCGUGGGAGACAAAAGGGCGGGCUACCUGGUGAAUGUAAUGGAGCACAAAACUGUUAGAAAAUUUGGCGUGGCGCAGAUUUAUCUAACAAGUGAAGAAUAUGGGUGGUGCACCGAGUGGCUCCGCCUCCGACAGCGGGCGGUCCCCACAAACCAUUACUUUUUCUCCGCCCUUGGCCGCGGCGAGGCCAAGGAUCUGGUCAAGUAUUUCCGGAAGGCCUGGAAAGAGAUGGGCUUGAGGGGAUCGCCCACCCUCAUGGACAUCAGGUCGGCGGUGGCUACCUAUAAUUUCGAAUCCAACGAUUCAGAGGUGCGCCAGCAUGUGGCAACAUUCAUGUGCCAUGAUGUUCGGACACAGGAGCGCUUCUACUCCCUCCACAACACCUUGACCCGAGCGAAGCAGAUGAGGGAGCUCUUUGAGAGUGAGCAGUCACGUUGGACACGUGAACAACAUAAACUGUUCCGUGCUAUGCGGCCCUAUUUCUCUGGCCGAAGCAGGGGCUCGUUAAUUCGGGCCAUUGAGUUUGGCACCUCCAUGAAUGCAUACAUGGAGGAAUAUGCCGAGUACACCUACUGUCCCGAGGGUACAACAAAAAUGAAGGAGAAUGCACAGACGAAGGUCAGCCGGGCAAAGGUUUUCAUAAAGUAUCUUUGCCUCGGCUGCCCUUCCCUGACGCUCUGCGACUGGACAUUUUUGUUCAACGUCCCCCUCCUGAAGUUUUACCCUGCUCUCCUGCGCAAUGUUGGCCUGGCCCCAACGACAGUUGCGCUGUAUGUGGGCCAGGCCAUCUCGUUCCUGGAACACCUGAGGGACACGCCGCCCAAGCACUGCCGCCUUAAAACCUCCCAGGUCAAUGUCCUCGUGAGGGAAUUGAGAAAGGUGUACAGAGACCUUGGGAGGAAACUCCUUGGACACCAGUCGCUUGUUAAACAGGACAAGCAGCAGCGGCUGGUGUCCAAGGAGGACCUGGCCCAGUGUCAGGCCUUGGCCAGGGCGAAAAUGCCUGAAUUGCUUGAGGACAUGAGAAAGGCGCCAGCCAGAGACCCCAGGACCCGCUACAGGUUCUUUGGCUACCUGGCGGCCUACCUUUCGUUUAUAUAUGGCCACAGGUCAGGAGUGCUCACGAAAAUGAAAGUAAAAGAGGUCAAGGACGCCGUGGGAGACAAAAGGGCGGGCUACCUGGUGAAUGUAAUGGAGCACAAGACGGUACGCAAAUUUGGUGUGGCUCAGAUCUACCUCACAAGUGAAGAGUAUGGGUGGUGCAGCGAGUGGCUCCGCCUCCGACAGCGGGCAGUCCCCACCAACCCCUACUUUUUCUCCGCCCUUGGCCGCGGCGAGGCCAAGGAUCUUGUUAAAUAUUUCAGGAAGGCCUGGAAAGAGAUGGGCUUGGGGGGAUCGCCCACGCUCAUGGACGUCAGGUCGGCGGUGGCGACCUAUAAUUUCGAAUCCAACGAUUCAGAGGUGCGCCAGCAUGUGGCAACAUUCAUGUGCCAUGAUGUUCGGACACAGGAGCGCUUCUACUCCCUCCACAACACCUUGACCCGAGCGAAGCAGAUGAGGGAGCUCUUUGAGAGUGAGCAGUCACGUUGGACACGUGAACAACAUAAACUGUUCCGUGCUAUGCGGCCCUAUUUCUCUGGCCGAAGCAGGGGCUCGUUAAUUCGGGCCAUUGAGUUUGGCACCUCCAUGAAUGCAUACAUGGAGGAAUAUGCCGAGUACACCUACUGUCCCGAGGGUACAACAAAAAUGAAGGAGAAUGCACAGACGAAGGUCAGCCGGGCAAAGGUUUUCAUAAAGUAUCUUUGCCUCGGCUGCCCUUCCCUGACGCUCUGCGACUGGACAUUUUUGUUCAACGUCCCCCUCCUGAAGUUUUACCCUGCUCUCCUGCGCAAUGUUGGCCUGGCCCCAACGACAGUUGCGCUGUAUGUGGGCCAGGCCAUCUCGUUCCUGGAACACCUGAGGGACACGCCGCCCAAGCACUGCCGCCUUAAAACCUCCCAGGUCAAUGUCCUCGUGAGGGAAUUGAGAAAGGUGUACAGAGACCUUGGGAGGAAACUCCUUGGACACCAGUCGCUUGUUAAACAGGACAAGCAGCAGCGGCUGGUGUCCAAGGAGGACCUGGCCCAGUGUCAGGCCUUGGCCAGGGCGAAAAUGCCUGAAUUGCUUGAGGACAUGAGAAAGGCGCCAGCCAGAGACCCCAGGACCCGCUACAGGUUCUUUGGCUACCUGGCGGCCUACCUUUCGUUUAUAUAUGGCCACAGGUCAGGAGUGCUCACGAAAAUGAAAGUAAAAGAGGUCAAGGACGCCGUGGGAGACAAAAGGGCGGGCUACCUGGUGAAUGUAAUGGAGCACAAAACUGUUAGAAAAUUUGGCGUGGCGCAGAUUUAUCUAACAAGUGAAGAAUAUGGGUGGUGCACCGAGUGGCUCCGCCUCCGACAGCGGGCGGUCCCCACAAACCAUUACUUUUUCUCCGCCCUUGGCCGCGGCGAGGCCAAGGAUCUGGUCAAGUAUUUCCGGAAGGCCUGGAAAGAGAUGGGCUUGAGGGGAUCGCCCACCCUCAUGGACAUCAGGUCGGCGGUGGCUACCUAUAAUUUCGAAUCCAACGAUUCAGAGGUACGCCAGUAUGUGGCAACGUUCAUGUGCCAUGAUGUUAGGACACAGGAACGCUUCUACUCCCUCCACAACACCUUGACCCGAGCGAAGCAGAUGAGGUUCCAAAUAGUCCCAGGUAGGUCUUUCCAGGAUUUCCCAGACACGCCCCUCUGGAUGCAGGGCGGGAACUAUGCUUAG